GUGCGCAUGCGCAUGUGUACUAUCGUAUCACGUGCACCUUCAAUGAAUCACGUGGGAUAUUUUUGCGCAUGCUCGCGCGUAUAGUAAAGUCUGAGCUGAGCGAGACACACCUUGCACAGCAGUCGUUGUGCUUCUGGCCCGGGGGCGCGAGUUGUCGUUUCUGCUGACAUAUAUAUAUAUCUUUGAGAGAUGGCAGACUAACAGUGGAGAGAGCGGAGCAUUGCUGGUGGAGGGAAAGAGCUCCAGAGCCGGCUCUCCGGCUCCCCCGAUCAGUUUCCCGAUGGCUAAUCUGGGCCCGUCCGGACUCCCCAAGACGCCGCUACAGCAGGCUGCUCGAGACGGUCGGGAGGAUAUCGUGCGGGCCCAUCUCUCCCGCCUCCCUAAGUACAAGAAGGAGAAAGUUCUGAACGCCAAGGACGCAGUUGGAUUUACUGCACUCCAUUACGCUGCCAAGUUCAACAGGUUCAAGAUCCUUCAGCUCCUGGUCAUCUCUGGAGCCAAUCCCGAAGUGAAAACGACGGACGAAAUGCUCACUCCUCUCCACUUUGCCGCUCGCUACGUGCCCCGGAUCCAGAACCGGGACGUGGAGGAUCAAGAACGGAGCAACGAGGAGGCGGAGGUUACGACAGCCUCCACGAGUCGUCGCGCCGUCCAACUCCUCAUCACCUACUGCCGAGUGGAGCCAAACGUCGGAGACUUAUACGGAGUCACCCCUCUUCACAUGGCAUCCUCCCGCGGCAAUCUCGCCGCACUCGAAGUGCUCAUAAAUGUGCCCGGUAUCAAGCUGGACAUCCCGGAUAAUAAUCUGGACACCCCGCUUCACGAGGCGUGUCUGUCGGGCGACCCGGAGAUCGUGGGAAAGCUACUAACCAAGAUGAAGGCGGAGAGGGGAUCUUGUUGUACCCGCAAAACGAUGAAAAGCAGACAGCCGCUCCACAUUGCCUGCAAGGAGGGAUAUCCGGAUGUGGUCAAGCUUCUUCUACAGCACGGAUUCGAAGAGAGGAGGGCCCUGGUAUCAGCGGAGGAUAACGAGUACAACACGCCGCUCCACCUUGCCUGCGAGGGAGGGAGCAAACAAGUGGUUCAUCUGUUGCUGCUCAACAAUGCCAAUAUCACUGCCGUCAAGAGUGAAGAGAUUACCGGGCUGCACAUCGCGGCUCGUCUGGGGUUUACCGAUAUCGCAAAGAUCUUGGUCGAGGCGAUGCGGGAAAUCGUGGAGGCUAGUGACGCGUCGCAGCAGACAGCACUCCAUCGCGCUGCCCAGCACAACCAGUGCGAAAUGAUCGACUUUCUUCUGGACAAAGGAGCUGACAUAACAGCCCUUGACGAGGAUUCCUACACCCCGCUCCUCACCGCCGCGGCCCAUGGACAGGCGGGUGCGCUGAAGAAGCUAUUGGACAGGGGCGCCCCCGUUGACGAUCUGGACAAAGACGGCAAGUCGGUGGUGUUUGUGGCAGCAGAGGAGGACCACACAGAUGUUCUCCAGGUGCUGCUGUCCAACCCGAUUGGCUUGAAACUAUGUCGAACUGUGGACUCCAUCCAUAAUACCCCCCUACACAUCGCCGCUCAGAUGGGAAACCUUGAGAGUGUGAGGAUGCUGCUGCGAGCCAGUGUGAGGAUCGAUGCUAGGAACGAACUGAGCAAGACACCCAUGCACCUUGCUGCCGAAAACGGACAUGUCCAAGUGGUGAGAGAGUUAAUCCGCUACCAACACGACACAAUCUACGAUGAAGACGAAGAUGCAAACUCUCCCCUCCAUCUCGCCUGUAUCAACGGUCAUUUGGGCGUGGUCAAAGUCCUCAUUGCUUCCAACUGCGAUGUCGAAUCGAGGAACUCAAAUUUGUGGACGCCGGUGGACUGUGCUGCGUCGGGAGGCCACGACCAGGUGCUGGAGCUGCUGAUCAAGGCCGAGGCUGACGUUGACCCCACCGACAAGUCCAAGGUGACCCCUCUCCACCUGGCCUCCAAGGAAGGCCAUCUGAAGGUGGUGAAGCUACUGUUGAAGUACAAGGCAGACGUCACCAUCAUGGACACCGACGGGAACAACGCUCUCGAUCUCGCCAUUGACAAUGGACACGAGGCUGUAGCGCUGGCAAUAAUCAAAGGUCCGAGGUGGGAGAGAGCAUUGCGCAACACCACGGACGCGGCGUGGGGCGGGUCCACCACACCCCUCCGUAAACUCAUCAGGAAGAUGCCUGAAGUCGCAGAAGAAGUGUUCAACAGAUGCACCGUCACAAACGCUACCAAAGAUGGCAAGAUUCGCCCAGACAGCAGAGAAUAUCGUGUUCUUUUCAACUACGAAUUUCUCGAAGAUUUUCAAGAUCGCGAAACAGCCGCCCACCGCCUUGCUCGGCGCCUUACCAGAAAGGAGCAUUCGGCUCUUGCCAUUAGUGCCGAUGGAGAGGAACAGGAGGAUUUGUCGGACUCGCGGAGUGUAAAGUCAUCGGACGACGCCGAGGCAGGUCACGUGGACAUGAUCACGAAACUUCGCAGCCGGAAGGGACGGAGGUUCACCACUUCGUGGGGGCCUGAGGGGUUCCGAAAAUCUCGCCACUCUCUCUCUGUCAUGGUUGCCUCUGCCCAAAUCGACCUGCUGAAACACCCUCUUGUGACGAGUCUCCUGGACUACAAGUGGAGAACAUACGGACGCUACGUCUACUUUGGAAACCUGUUCAUCUACGUCGUUUUCCUCGUUUUUCUGACCGCGUUUGCCCUCACCUCGCCAAACCCUGUCUCCAGGACAUGCAGGGCAGUGCUCAGUGACUCGUUUGGCCGUAACCCAGACAACCUGACCGAUUCUCAGAUCGAAAACCUCGAUUCCGAGACCAGGAGAAUCAAGAUUGAAGGCUCGUGUGCUGAAGUGUUGAAUACUGCCACAGAAGUGUUCCUCGUAUUGGCUGCUAUAGUGGUCAUAGUAUCGAGUGGAGUCAGGAUUAUCAUGGAGCUGUUCCAGAUGAUCCAGCUUCAGCUGUUGCCCUAUUUCGUCAACUGGGUGAACUGGGUUGAGAUGACCCUGUUUGUCUGCUCAAUUAUCUUUGUCUUCACCUUCUUCACUGACUGCUUCUGCCCCACUGAGUGGCAGUGGCAGCUGGGAGCCAUUGCAGUCUUCCUGGGCUGGAUUGAUCUCAUCAUCUUCACCAGAAAGCUCACCUUCACCGGAAUCUACGUUGUCAUGUUCAUCGACAUCUUCUACACCUUCUGUCGCCUCUUCUUCCUCUCCUUCCUCCUGGUGGUUGCCUUUGGACUGGCAUUCUACAUGACCUUCAAUGACCCCGAUCUUAUGCGUCAGCCAUUUUCAACUCCAGCCAGAUCUCUCCUCAAGACCAUGACUAUGACAACGGGGGAGUUUGAAUACGAUGGGAUAUUUCGACAGGCCCCCGGGGGCAUCGACCCCGGGACCGUGCGGGAGAUCCCUUUCCCUCCCGUCACUUACAUUCUCUGGAUUGUCUUCAUCAUUCUCAUGCCAAUCCUCCUCACUAACCUAUUGGUUGGUUUGGCGGUUGACGACAUCAAAGGCAUCCUGGAAGCAGCGGUUCUGAAGAGACUGGCCCUGAAAGUCGAACUGACUCUGAACAUUGAGGAACUGUUCCCAGUCCAUCUCCGAAGGUUCUUCAUCAUCGGGAGUCAGGAGAUAGCCCCCAACAGAGACUUCACUCUCUGGGAGAAGUUCAGCUACUUGGCCUGGGGCGGGGAGCGCACUGAUUCCUCCGAGAAGAUUGUCAACGCCCUUAAUCCACCUCAGACCCCCAUAGAGCAGGUCCAGGGUCAGACCCGCUCGCUGCUGACAGAGAUGGAUCACAUGAGACAACACGUGACACAGCUCACGGAGAGGAACCACAAGAUGGAGGAUAUGCUCACUGCCAUCGUCAAACACCACGGGAUAGUUCUUGACGACGAUUGUAAGCCAGCAGCAGUGACACAGGGUCCACUCCGAUCCAGGACGACCCCGCCCCCACAUGGGGCCGAGCGUCCUCGCACUCCGCCCCCUGGAGGGCGAGCACGCACACCAGAGACCAAGCUCACAGAGAUCUAACUCCCUUGACCUUUAACCCACAGCCUAUAUAAUUAUAUAGAUGCAUACCCUGAACUUUAACCUACUGACUUUAAUGAGUUUAGACUACACGUUAGGAUUAGGUUACCUUAACUUUUGAACCACCGACGAGAUCAUACUUUGUAUUUUUAGCUCUUAGUGUGUAUGCAUAUAGUAUAGAUUUUGAAAUAUUGAUUUAUGUACAUUUUUGUAUGGUGAAAAGAUGAGAAAAUGUAGCAUAUAAACAUACACGAAUGAAGUAUACACAAAUUAUACACCUCAGAGAGCGAAAAAAAACUGUUAAAAAUAAUAUUAAUCUUAGUUUUGUGAUGGGCUGAAAUAAUAAAACACGAGGGCUUCAAAAGAUCAUUGAUUGAAAAAACGUUCAUCUUUUGUGGGAAAAAAAAGAGAGAGAGAUAGAGAGGGAAAGAAGAGAAGGAAUUUUCAGACCAAGUUUGCUAGGGCCGUGGCAAAAGCUUGGACGGGAGAAAACGGUGCCUGAAAGUCUAGAAUGAACGAUCCACUGUCUAUCUUUCCAAACUGCAACACCUGUUCUCCAUCUAGCUCCAGCUGAAAGUUCUUGGCCGACUUUGUGGUGACUCUGCCACCGAAAUCCAACUGAUAGAUCAUGUGCUGCUCGUUCCACGUCGGCGUCUUGCUGUGAAUCUGGACGUGCGGUUCAGUCGACGACGACGAGCUACUGGACGGAGACAGACUCCCCACCGUGCUACCACUGAUCCCGCCCCCGCUGAUCUGGGCCCGUCCCAUCCCGAAACUGGGUCCGCAGGAAUUGGAAUGGGACCGAAAAGACGGCGGUGACUGUGCCUCGAUCGGUCGGAGACUCUGCGAAUCGAGGUUGAUCGACUUUGGGAGUUGGAGGUCCUCCAUGGACGUUAUGCUCUCGAUUAGGUCGUCUGGUUGCACAAGCGACAAAUUAAGACUGUUCUGUGGGGAUUCAGGCUCACCGGUGCUCUCUCCGGACAAGCUACAGGCGUCAGAGUCGAUCCCGGAGUCGGGGUCCUCCAGCUGCGGGAGACACGCGAUGACUUUCCUCGGCUGGAUGUGCAGGAAGGAUGUCUUGAUGAGGAUGGUGCCCAUGUCGGCCGGGAGCGUCUCCGUCAGACUCUGAAUCUUGAACUUUGACGCCAUCACGUUUGACGUGACUUCGGCCAGCUGGUGGGGGUAGUCUGACGAUGACGAUGUUGUUGUGGCACCGUUGCGCAAGACCUCGCUAGUCAACGACUGAUAGUGUCUCGGUGCAUCUGCACCGACGCCAGUUGUGGCGUCAUCUUCCCGACAGGCGAGCUGCACCCCGGAUUCCGUAUUGAGCGAGUUGUGUCCCUCCUGGGAAAAGAGGCUCAGCCCGCGAACAUGGCUCUGUACCGUCAGCGUGCUGUCGGUACUCUCGCUUAGCUCGGUCCUCUCCGAAGUGUCCAUUAUCGAAUGCCGAGAGUUGUACGACACGGUGCUCACCUGGGGUCGAGUGGGCAGCGAAAUGGUGAAACUCUGUCUGAUCUUUGUGCUGCGCUUGUGCCCGACCAGAAUGGGUAUGAGCGUCCCGAGGUGCUCCACGUAGAGCGUGUACGAGGAGGGGUGUCGGCGUUGGUGAUGGUUGCCGUGGUGAUGAUUGGAGGUUGCCACGGGAGCGGUGUUGGGGAUGACGGUGCAGUAGGUUCUGUGGGAGUGUGGUGGGGGGCAGGAAAUGUAGUCGAGCAACCGCUGGGGCUGAGGUAUAUGGCCCUGUAUAACUGGAUCAAAUACUUCGGCCACGGACAUCUUCAACUUGAAAGGGAGAACUAGAUUGUGACUCUGGUCUCUGGACUGGAGGUAUUGCGAAAUGGCCUUCUGGCAGAGGGACUGAAGCGAGGGGAUUUCCCUCCGCACCGUGAGGGAGUGGAGGAGAGAUUUGGUCGCUAUAAAGAUUUUCUGGUCUCCGUGGGCCCAGGUCAUGGCUGUUACUGGCUCCUGCAGUGGAGAAGAAGGAGAAAGAGAGAGAAAAGUAAUUCUUCUUCUGGAUACCCACUCAUGCCUCUAAAGUCUUUCUGACCAUUCAUGUGUACAUGUGUGUUCUUACAGUACUGUCAAGACAUAAUAGGAAAUGAACAAGAAUGAGAGAUGGAGGAGGGAGAAAUGAGGGAAGGGGAGAGGGAGGAAGGAGAGAUGGAGGAGGGAGAAAUG